UCCUUUUUUUUUUUUUUUGUUCAAUCACUGCACCAGCCUGUGAUGUGCUUGUAGGCUAGAAAAUAAGUGCGCAAUGCGCAUGACGCGGACUUCCUGUGCCACACCGAGACAAACAAUACACUAGCAUUCAGAGGCUUCUUGAGCACUGCCGACUAUCUGGUGCUGAAAAGAAGGGGAUGACCUCUCCUCUCUAGUACGGCGAAAAAUUGGUGCGCCAUAAACGCAAUUCAUUUAUUAACCGAUGCGUUGCGAGUAUUGUCUUCGCUCUUGCAGCUCGUCUUCUCUUUUUUUUUUUUUUGCACUAACGCAAGCUGUGUCUCAUUUGACGCAGUGAUUCGACCUGAGAGGACACGGAACAAGCUCUCUCACAAUGAAGACGCUUUCCGACAGAGUGUUACCCUCCUAAGUGAUCGUAAAGGCGACGUGCACAGGUCGCUCACUGUUUACGCGUUUUCGCCCAACCGCGACUAGUGCUACUCAUAUUGAAGAUAACUCGGCCAAUUAUUGAUCAAAACACAAGAGCACGUUAUGGCUUCCCACGUUUACGCCCUCCAUGAAUUCAGAAGACUGAAACGAUCCAAGAUAUGCUAUCGAGUAUUAGUCUACACCACCAUCGCUUCUGUAGCAUGCUUUGCGUUCCUCUCAAGGACUUGCCGUGACGCCUCUACUGGUUAUCUCCAGGAGCCUAGGACCACCGACCUUUCUUAUGUAUGGAUGGCGUCAACACCCAAGCCCGCUUUUGGUGAGCUCUCGAAUAACGUUAAUAUUUCAACAGCAGAGCCAACUCAUGCUCAGCCUUCUGAUAGUUUGAAUAUUUCAAAAUAUGAGCCCACUCUGGUGGAGCUUUCUGACACGUUGAAAACUUCAGCAGCACGACCCUCUUCCGUCGGACCCCAUACUGAAGGAACAGUGAAAGUCACGCCGGACAUCAAUACAAUGACCACCAACAAGAUAGCAUCUGGUGCUCCAGUACCCAUCGUGAAUACUAGCACAUCCGCGUUCGUGGAUGCCGGAAACUUGACUAAAGUACCAGGCUGGAAAUUGAAAAGCACCUGCGGUUUUCCACUUCGGGUGCUCUACUUUGUUCACACCGCUCCCGCACAUUUCUACAGGCGUCGGGUAUUACGCGAUACCAUAGGUGACCCCACUGUCGCCGCAUUCGUGAACUCCACCAUCGCCUUCUUCGUCGGCAAAACCUCGAACACAGAUGUCAGUGAGGAAGUGCGUGCGGAGGCCGAGUGCGAAGGUGACCUGGUGCUGCUGGAUCACGUGGACACCUACCGGAACCUGACCUUGAAGUUCAUCGGGGCGACAAAGUGGCUCACCGCUAACCACUGCCUCAGCUCUUCGACAAAUGUCGUUGUCAAACUAGACGAUGACGUGCUUGUCAACGUGUUCCUUCUGGCGUAUUACGUCGAGCGACACAUGAACGCAGCUGAGACUCGCAACUGGAGAACGAUUCACUGCGCAACCUCGUUGUACCUGAAGCCUUUCCGUGAUAAAAAUUCCAAGUGGUUCGUUACGAAGGAAGAGUACGCCAAUGACACGUAUCCUCCUUUCUGCUACGGGGCCGCCUACCUCAUGAAGGCUUCAGUGCUGGUUCUGUUGGGUGAGGCAACCGGCAGUGUUCCCUUCUUUUGGGUGGAUGAUGUCUACUCCACGGACUGCUGAGGAAUGUGACCAACGUGUCCUUGGUGAACAUCACACGUAUGUACCACGUCAUCCCACCUGCUGAAACGACGGCCAUAGCAGAGAAGACUUUGUUCCUUCACUGGGGUCAGAGACGCGCGCUUUUGAGGAGAGUGUACCGGUUGUGGGUUAGUGUGUUAAUUACGGCAAAACUGAACUACGUGACCAUGGAUAGUGGCAAUCAAUGGGUCACUCGUGACACUAUGAGUGAUGAAGAAGAAGUGCAAGAUAUGGGAAGUUAGGAAGGCCACCCAAAACAGCGUCCAAUUUCCUUCCCUAUAGAGUAGAUGUAAGAAAAUCCGGAACAUGAAGAAAAGGGUAGGAAUUUUAGACGUUUAAAAUCAAUAGUGUUGGGGAGAACAAGAAAACCGCUAAAAUAUAUUUGUAAUCUUCACACACACCAAUCAAAGUCAUUCAAGGCUUUUUUCUGCCAUGAAGUUUUGCUCGCAGUUUCAUGGAGAGAUGAAUGCUGCCACUAGCAUUGCCACUCUCAGCGUAUAUAGAGCAUGUGUGUACGUGGACACCAAGCCCUGCCAAACUGCUGUGCUGGUUCGAAGCACUUGUUUAUAUAGCAUGAAAUCACUAAAGUUAUGACAUCACUCGUAUUAUUUGCAGAUCAUUUCAGAGCAAACCAAUGACACUUCAAGCGUUUCUAACUACAUAUCUAUCUAUCUAGCCUCAUAUGCCUGGAUGCUCUCGUAAUCACCCCAUUAACAUGGUGCACAACAAACUUUGUAUGGGAGGAUGAGAAGGUUUGUCGCUGAAAAAGCCGUCGCUGAAAAUUUUACGAGUGUACCUGACAACUUACUUCUGACGAAAUGUUCCACAUUUCUUGAAACACUAUUUUUGAAAUUUGUUGGCAACCUCAGACUAUGUGCCUGUGUUUCUGUUUCAAUAAUAAUUAUCCUGUCAAGUCA